UCAGUGCUACGUCAGCACUGGUAUUGAAACAUGGCGGUGUCCAUAGGAAAGCUUCUGGCUGUAGAUGCUUGUAUACUUAUUGUUUUCAUAUUUCGCCAGACUUAUGCCAAUAUUGACACAGGUUCCUUAACUGCUGACGACCCACCACACCGCCGUUUUGAAUAUAAGUACAGUUUCAAAGGACCUCACUUGUCACAACCAGACGGCAGCAUUCCUUUUUGGGUGCAUACUGGAAAUGCCAUCCCCAGUGCAGACCAGAUCCGGAUCACUCCUUCACUCAGGAGUCAGAAGGGAUCGGUGUGGACUAAGAACACUGUCAAUUUUGAAAACUGGGAGGCACAGGUGACCUUCCGUGUGUCUGGUCGAGGAAGAAUGGGAGCAGAUGGACUGGCUGUUUGGUUUACAUCUCAACAAGGUCUUGACGGCCCAGUCUAUGGUGCAGCUGAUGCCUGGAAUGGCAUUGGCAUUUUCUUUGACUCUUUUGACAAUGACGGCAAGAAAAAUAACCCUGCUAUCGUAGUUGUGGGAAACAAUGGAAAACUUGUUUAUGACCACCAAAAUGAUGGAACAACCCAAGCUCUGGGAACUUGCUUAAGGGACUUCAGAAACAAACCAUACCCUGUCAGAGCCAAAAUAGUAUACUACAAGAGAACGUUAACGGUGUUUAUAAAUAAUGGCUUCACACCAGAUAAAGAUGACUAUGAGUUCUGUACGAAGGUAGAAAACAUGGUCAUUCCCAAGGAAGGCUACUUUGGAAUCUCCGCAGCCACUGGUGGCUUAGCAGACGACCAUGAUGUUCUCUCCUUCUUAUUGUUCAGACUAGCAGAGCCAGGGCAACAACUGCCCCCACCUGAAGCCGAGAUUCCCAAGGAGGAGAAGGACAAGUACCAGGAGGAAUUUGAGAACUUUCAGCAAGACCUCGACAAAAAGAAAGAAGAAUUUCAGAAAGAGCAUCCGGACGUCCAGGGAGAACCCAUUGAGGACCUUUACGAGAGUGUCAAUGAUCGGGAGAUCCGGCAGGUGUUCGAAGGGCAGAACAGGAUCCACCUGGAGAUCAAACAGCUCCACCGGCAGCUUGCCAUGAUCCUGGAUGAGCAGCGCAGAUAUGUCUCAGUGAUCACAGAUGAGAUGAGCAAGCGUGGGGCAGGCACAGAGACAGGACAGGCCCCCAGUCAAGAGUUGGGUGCAGUGGUUGCAACACAACAGGAGGUACUUAAAAACCUGAAUGAGCUGAGAAACUCGUUUUCCGAAUCCUUGAAGCAGAUUGGAGCAACCCAGAACCAAGGCAAUGCUGUGGGUAUGGGGACGUAUGAGACUGUGCAACACUUUAAUGACAUCAAGGAACAUCUUCACGUGGUUAAGAGGAAUGUGGAGCACCUGAUCCAACGUAAUGGGAACCCUGGUGACAAAGUGGUAAAGUGUCCAGAACUGCCGGCGAUGCCCUCCUGUUUGUCCACCGUUCACUUUGUGAUUUUCGUGGUCAUUCAGUCAGUCCUCUUCUUUAGCUAUAUCGUCUACAGAAGUCAACAAGAAGCAGCAGCAAAGAAGUUCUUUUGAUGAUGCGCAUUAAUGAAAUUACAAUAUAUAAAUAAGGGAUUGUCUGUUUUGCUGGUUUCUGGUUUGUUUUUGUUUUCAAUUUGUAAAUUAUUGUAUUUUGAGAAUGAGAUUUAAGUUUGAGACUUUUAAUUUCCUAUUUUUAAUUUGGUCAGAACUCCAGGUUGUGUGUAAAUGCUUUCUUGAAACGUGAAGGACAUAUGGUUCAAGAUUCCAAACAUGAUGUAAUAUAUUCCAUACAGUAUUUUUGCCAAAUGUUCUGGACAUUUGUUCUGUGGACAAGUUCAUGACAAAGUCCCAUUGCUCAAAAAAUUGAAAAGCACUCUGUUCUCAUAGUUUGGAAAACUGUGGAUUAAAUGUUCAAUUUUGUUGAAUUUCUAAACUAUGUUGAUGGCCAGAGCAGAUGUACAGUGUGUGAUUGUGUCUUGAAUGGAUGAAACUGUAGUGAUCCUCUCCCUAAGCAAUUUAUAUAAACAAAUACAAACCUU